AUGCGAUAUUGUGGUGGAAGCUGGAGCUGGUAUGUGACCGGGUUGACCUGCUUGGUGAUGGUGAAUGGGCCAAUGAACCUGGGACUCAGCUUCCGGCAGGGCAGACGCAGCCUGAUGUCCCUGACCUUCUGUCAGCCAGACCUUCUGUCCAGAAUGAUGUCUACAACUGUGGGGGAGGAAGUACAAAAGGUAAUUUCCAAAGCGCUGCCUGGUCUUCUUGAAGAGAAGAAAGAACAGUUGCUGCAGAGACUUUUUAGCUGGGGUGUGGAGAGCACAGAUGACCUUAAGUAUGUGGAGGGAGCUCCUGGAGUGGACCUGUCUGAUUUACUCCCGCCCAUCCAGAUUCGCAAACUGCUAGACAGCUUUAAGAGAGCUGGAGAACAAAAUCCAUCUGCUGAUGUCCCUGCAACAAUACCUCCGCCUUCCUCCACUGUCACCUUAGACACCAUUAGCCCACCAAGCCUUUCUUCAACCCCAGCUGUUACUUGGCCUGAGUCAUUUCAGGUUCCUUGGAACCAAAUGCCGAGCGAAUUACGCAGUGCAAUAGCGAAUGGAAAGAGACCACUCCCCGCUGAUCGACGCAAAAUGAUUUGCAUCAUUGUUAAUGAAAUUAGGAAACAUGAAAAGAAUCCAAGCAAAGCACAGUGCCUUGCUGUUGCUCUCAAAAUUGUCAAACAGUAUCCAAAGAGCUUUUCUGAUUUUGAUGAUGCUCAAGAAAAAAAUGAAAUUGGGUACUACUCCCUCUUGAAACAAAUAAAAACCCGUGUUGAACACGUCAAUAGAGAUAAUACUUUAUCACGCAGGCGUCGGAUCAGGGGAGUAACUGACACACCUGAGAGAAUGCAAUGCAGAGAACCAACAGCCACAUACGGAUGUACACAGUGGCAGCCUGAGCCUCCGCUUGCAAAUUCUGAUGAUGUACUUGAGGAAAAAAGACAAACUUUAGAGAAUUUGUAUCAGCAAUAUGGGAAAAGUGGAGCUGACAGGGGUGAUGUUUGUGCCUUGAUGAAGGAAACUUACUAUUUGCAAAGAAAGCACAUCAAUGACACAGAAGCACCUCCUAUCAAAGACCUCAAAAGCAAAUGGCCAUACCUGUUUGUGCAAAAGCACAUAUUUGCACAUUUUGAGGAGCUUACCAGUAUCCCCAUACACAAAAGGCUCAACCAGGCCAUGCAGGAGUAUGGUAAAGUCCUCGUCGACUUCUUUAAGAGCAAACCCACAAAUGAUGUUGUCAAGAAACUCUUGUCGAGCAAAGAAGAAGAAGUUGGACCCCUUGUGAUUAAACUCAUCCUGGCCCAUUUCCGAGAGGAUCCGGAUGGACUUCUGCUAUUUGCAGAUGUAAGUAUAUAGCUGAAAACCACUAUUUUUGGUUUUUGUAUGUUCUUGUAAAUAUUUUUUAUGGACAGGCCUUCCACUGGGAUCCUGUUUUUGAAAGCCAUAUCACUGAUCCUGGUAUGAUAGGCAUCAUUUAGAAGUUUUGGAGAGAACCUUGUAAAAAAAAAAAAAAAAGUUUUUUCUCCCCUUUAUAGAGGUGUGCCACAGCAGCUGACCUACAAGUGACACACACCAUACCCGGGAGCCCACGGCUUAUUGUGCUUGGUAAGUCUGCACGAGUGUGCACACUCUUUAUUGACCAAAACUUGGACUUGACAGGAAAAAAAAAAAAAAAAAAAGAAAAGCUUGUGUGUAACUACUUUAACAGUGUACUUUUUUUUUUUGUUUUUUUUUUGUAAGAAGAAUUGAUUUAUUGUUGUGAUUGUUUUCAGUUUUGUUUUUAUCUCUAAGGAUGUUUCUUAGUCUGUGUCACUGGUAUCACCCGGUAUUCAGCUGUACACUGAUUACAUUACGCCGCCGUUUUGCUUUUUUAUAGGAAUAAAAACAGUUUAGUUUAGCUGGACAAUGGAUGCUACAGUUGUAAACUGAAAGCAUCUUGCUUUAAUCUUUAAUUUGCUUAUUGUUUUUUUUUUUUUUUUUUUUUUUCAAUUCAACAAUAUACAUAACCAAAAAAGGUGUAGGCGGAGGCCUUUGCUUAUUAUGCCUACCCUUUAUACAUAAUGCAAGACAUUUUCCAAAAUGUACAUACAUAAUUACAAAAAUACACACAUUUCAGAUAUUAAUACAACAGUUUAAAUAUAUCAUACACAAAUUAAUCAUAUUAAGUUAUAAUAUUAUUCAUCACCUUGUU